GAAAAACAUUGACUGUGUCAACCAUGGUGGGGGUAGGUAAGGAUUCAUGGUUGGUGAAAAUUGGGGUUUCGGUCUUCAAAUCGAAAGAACCGAUUCUGACCACCGGAAAUCGAACGCGUUGGGGAAGAAAUCACAGAACUAAAACGAAGAAAUGGAGUUCUACUGGAAAGCGAUGGAACAGAUCAGUUGGUACACCGGACUAUCGCCGAUGGCGUUCUUCACCAUACUGGCUUCCAUGAUCUUCGUAUUUCAAAUGGUUUCCUCCAUGUUUGUUUCUCCAGAAGAGUUCAGCAAGCCCCCCACUGUUCCGAUCUCUUCGUCGAACCCGGCCAAUUCGAAUUUGUUUGUUAACGAUGCGGUCGCAGACGCCUCGCAAGCUGUCCAAGUAGGGCGAUUGACGGAGCAGCAGUUGAGGGCUUAUGAUGGAUCGGAUCCGAACAAGCCCCUUCUUAUGGCUAUCAAGGGUCAGAUCUACGAUGUAUCUUCCGGCAGGAUGUUUUAUGGUCCCGGUUCACCGUACGCCAUGUUCACCGGGAAGGACGCCAGCAGAGCUUUGGCUCUCUUAUCUUUCAGACCUGAAGACAUUAAUGGUAAUAUCGAAGGUCUGAGUGAAGAAGAACUUGUAAUCUUGCAGGACUGGGAAUAUAAAUUCAUGGAAAAGUAUAUAAAAGUUGGGGAGCUUGUUCCAGAGGAGGGAUUGAAUGAGCAUUCUGAAAAUGAACACCCAAAGGUCGAAACUGGUCAGGAAGAACACAUCGAAGCCCAAUAAGAGACAUCGUCAUCGGCACCAUCUUCACUCUUCAUCUUUCGUUGGGCAGAUGUUGGGAAGCUGCUGUUGAACAUGCAAGUCCCUUGUUCCUUCUGAUUUUGUGAAGAUAUGGUCUUCUCUAAAAGUACAUACCAGGAAAUUUGAGUAAAAGUGAUCAAUCUGAAUGAAGCUAGAGAUUCUGCCAGCGGCUAGAUUUUUGCCUGAUAUGUAAUAUGUAUUGUAUAUUAUUUUGACCAAUGUGGUUCAGCUCAAGUUUAUCAUGUAAGUAACAAGGCAAUAACUUUUUCCUUGCAAUUAUAUUCUUAAACAAACAACGAUGAAUAAAUAGAGAUUUUAUGGAA